AUGGGAGUUUUACCGGUUAAUGCUGAGUAUAUAGAAAAAUUUCUUCUUUUACCAAAAACUACUCCUAAAAAACUAGCCGAGAAAUUAACCUAUUAUGGUUUAGAAACAAAAAUAGUUGAAUGCAAAAAUAGUCUAAUUCAAGAAAUAGGAAUUAUAUUAAAUUGCUCAGUAAAGUCAAUUAGUUUUCCAACUAUAAAUGAAAGAAAGGAGAAAUUAGUUGAGGUAGCAAUUAACACAAGCGAUUGUUCAGAAUUCUACUUAGGAUUAAUAAAGAAUAUUGAGGUUAAAGAAAGUCCGGAUGCUAAUUUAGUAAUGUUAGAAAGUGGACAACCACUUCACAUUUUUGAUUACGACACCUUGCCAGAAAAGAAAAUGAUAAUUCGCUCAGCCUACUCGGGAGAAAAAAUGAAUGCCCUAUACGGCCAAGAAUUAGCACUUAAUUCAGAAGAUAUUGUGGUAAGUUCAAGAGAUAAAGUUAUUAGUUUAGCAGGAAUUAUUGGCGACCAAGCCACUGCAUUAACUCCUAACACUAAAAAUAUUCUGAUUGAAUGUGCUACUUUUAAUCCCACCACCAUUAAAAAAACCACUAAGCACUUAAAUGUUUCUACGGCCGCUAAUAUCACCAGUCCGGAAGACUUGUUAGAAGAAUUAUUGCGGAUUUAUGACUAUAACAAAAUAGUUAACGCACUACCUGAUAACUUUCCAACUGCCAUUGUUAACCACAAAAAAGAAUUCUUAAAACAAAAAAGAAUUCUUAAAACUUAUCUAACUAACCAAGGUUGGCAAGAAAUUAUUACUUAUUCAUUAAUUUCGUCGGAAAUGAGGAACGAGUUUAAUUAUUCAGUUAGUGAUGAUUUUUUUCAAUUACUAAUGCCAAAAAAUGAGUAUCACGAAUAUUAUCGGCAAACUCUUAUUCCUAGUCACCUAAAAACUUUGAAAUACAAUCUUUCUCAUGGAAAUAAAGAUCUCUUUUUUUUUGAAAUUAGUUCAGUUUAUGGUUCUCCCCAACAACAAGAGGAAUUACUGGCUUUAAGUGGAGUAGGAGUAUUAGAAAAUAUUUUUAGUUUAUGGAAGAUAGAAAAAGAAAUUUCUUUCACUCCCCCUUCCCUUAAUUACUUAUCUUUUCCUCAAAGUGCAGAAAUAUUUAUUGGUAAGGAAAGAAUAGGUUUUUUUGGUCGUCUCCACCCCCAAAUUGCUCAAAAAUAUCAAAUUAAUGAGGCAGUAUUUAUUGCUCAAAUUUCUUUAAGUCGGAUAAUUGACUAUUUAAACAAUUUCUCCACCCAAAUAUCUUAUCAGCCAGUUUCUAACUUCCCAAGCAGCACCAAAGAUUUAUCAUUUGUCUUUUCUGAAAAUAUUAAUUAUGACAAAGUUAUUAAACUAAUAAGGGAGAUAGCGGGCAAUAAUUUACAAGAAAUAAAGGUUUUUGAUGUUUAUCAAAGUGCCGAGUUGGAGAGAACAGAAAAAAAAUCAGUUAGUUUCCACCUAGUUUUUCAAAGCCCUAUCAAGACCCUAGAAAGCAAAGAAAUAGAAAAAAUAUUAGAGAAUAUUAUCGAAAGGGUGGAAAAAGUAUUUGCGGCAAAAUUAAGGGCCUACACGGUUAAAUUUUAUCAAUUCAUCCCCUCCCUAAUUCUUGGAAUAAUAGGAGCAAUUUUAGUAGUUGAGAUAGUUUUAGCAGUGAUUGUUGGAGUAGCAUUAAAUCCUUUAGAAAAUCCUUUAAACUAG